AUGAACCUGGCCAGAGAGAAUGAGGAGUUGAGCAGGGACGUGAUGAAGCUCCAGAGUGCGCUGGACAUGCAUCACAGACAGGUCGACUCCGAGAACAAAUCUGUACGCGGCAUGAUGAGGAAGGCCAUCAGCGGAGCUAGGUGGCAGACAGGAGCGCAGGGCAAGCUCACGACCUUCAAAUCUAUCAGCGACAUUGAAGACGACGUCCUGGGAGACAUUGAAAACAGCAGGAUGGAGAAAAAGAGAGCAAUGAACAAGAGACCGCCCUCCGGAAGGCAGCCGGCAGCUAUCAAAAAUUCAUCAGUCCCAAAGGAAAGCACGUUAUUACACAAUCAAGGCACAAAAGGAAGUGUUGGGAGGGAGCCAGCCGCUGAUCAAGUAACUGCUGCAGGCAAUGACAAAAUAUCUGAGAGAAAGCCGGUUAUUAGGGACAACAUUUGUGAGAGGGAAACCAGGCACAUAGAGGGACAAAACCCUGCACUGGGGUUCAUUGGUAUGGACGUGGCACAGCCUAGUAAAAUCCUGAAGAGGCCAAGUUCAGCAUCAGGGACAAGGGGACAAAAGGCGGGAAAGCCCAAAGGAGUUCUGAUUGACAGGAAGCACAGACGAUCUCAGUCCACGCAGGGAAAGGAGACCGGUGCUGAUAAUGUUGUCAACGGGAAAAGGCAGACAGAGAGCACGCAGAAGGUGUCUUUUGACACGGAAGUAAAAGAUGCAGAGGAGGAAUCAGAAGAACCAGAAGUGCAGAUCGUAACAACGGGAAAGACGUACCAAGACAGGUUAGUCAGCAUGAGAGCAAAAGUUUUAAAUGACAAGAACAAUGACCAAGUUCAUAGUAAGCCACAGCACUACAUGAGCAAAACCAUCAGUGCAAAAUUAAAAUCAAACUCUGCACCACCAGCUGCAAGUAACAACCAUACCAGGAGAAGAGGAGAUACAGUUGUAAGGUCAGAGUUCAUGACCUCCUGUGACCCUGCAGUUGCGGCAUGGCUGGCCAGUUUGAACCUGAUGGAACAGGAGAAAUAUGUCAGGAUUUUUGCGGAGAACGAAAUUGACCUGGAGGGGCUGCGACUUCUGUCGGAAGACCAGUUGGCACGGAUGGGGGUCACGGCUAUCGGCGCGAUGAACAAGAUCAUGUUUGGGGUCGAGCAGCUCAGAAAUAGUUUUGAUAAGGCAAAGGAGAAAUCUGCAAAAACAGUAGAACCAACAGUAGAGAGGAAAGAGACAGUGAAAGCGAAGCCUUUCUCAGCAGGUGUGACAAGAAGGCCGGCAAGUAGUGGUACAAAAAGCGUGGAUGUGGUACCUAAGGAGAGGAAAUCUAAGAGACCUGUGUCCGCUGAUGUUGUAAGGAGAUCGAGAGCCGGUGUGAAACUGGCAGCACAAAAGGCCAGCCACAGACAACAGGAGGAGGAAAGGCAGAAAAGGCAGAAGGAGAGAAUGGAACAAAGGAAGAAGGCAGAGAGAGACAAGAUGGCUGCCAGGUUCCUGGAGAAGAAGAAGGAGGCAGAACUGAGGGAAGAGAUGACAGCAGAAGACAGAGGGUCCAGUGGUGCCUCCAACUCACCUGAGAGUACCAUGGAACUGGAAGAUAUUGAGAGUAACAUCGACAGUAGCAGGGCAACUUCCCAGGCCAGCACGUGGUCCAGAGAACCCCAGGGGAUAUCCCUGACCCUGGAGGGGCUGGGGCUGGGGAAGUCCACCCCCAGGGGUGGGGAGUCUGAAGGCCCCGACACUGGGACCAGACGGGAUCCAGGGGGCAGGAAGGACCCAGAGCACAGACCAGACACUGGCAGUAGAACUAACAGGUCUGGACAGAGGGAACAUGUACCUGCACCUGUUGAUGUGGAGUUACAGGUGAGUGGUCUGCAGCAGAGGGGAAAAGAGAAUGAACAAACAGCCCGAGAAAUCGUGGACAAAAUCCAGCGACAACUGGAAGAAAUCCAGAUGGUCUACAAAUCCAAGUCACCAACAUCCCCGCAUAACAUGGCCGCUCAGAGUCACGCUGGGAAAGACCCCGGGGAGGAGAUGGAUGUCCCUGAGAGCUCUGGGAACAAGAGGGAAGUUGGGAGUGGCAGGUCUGUUGCCAUGGCAACAUCUCCAUCCAAACAGGACCUGAUGAGACAGCUGAGGAAGGAACAGGACAAACAUAGGAAAGAGAUAAGACAUCUUGAAUCAGAGCUGAAGAGGUUGAAGUUCAAAGACCCUCUGAGAAGCUGCCAGAUUGCAGAGAAAGACAUCAUCUACAGCACAAAGGAUUUGCUAGGUGAAGGUGCGUUCUCCCGUGUGUUCCGCGGUGUCUACAAUGGUACAGAGGUGGCCGUGAAGAGACUACGAUCUCCCCUGUCUGCUGCUGACAAAAACUACUUUGGCGCUGAGGUGAGUCUCCUGAGGGAGCUGCGUCACCCCCGUGUGGUGCUGUUGCUGGGUGUGUGCACCGCUGCAGAUCUCCCCAUCAUGGUGCUGGAGUACAUGGCACAGGGCAGCCUCUACCACUGGCUACACGGGGAGAAUAGACCAGACCUGGACCAUGUGCUGUAUUACCAGAUAGCGCGGGACACCUCCCUGGGGAUGAACUACCUCCACAACAGGAAACCUGCUGUCCUCCAUCUGGACCUCAAGUCCAUGAACGUGCUGCUGGACUCACAGCUCAGGGCCAAGAUCGCUGACUUCGGCUUCUCCAAACUCAGACAUGAUGCGGAUGUGAAGGCCUCCCAGUCAGGACACCUGAGGGGCACACCUGCAUGGAUGGCUCCUGAACUCAUCAACCAGGGAAACAUCACUACUAAGGUUGAUGUGUACAGUUUUGGAAUGAUUCUAUGGGAAAUGCUGACCAGAAAACAUCCCUACCUAGGCCUGUCCAUGUUCCAGGUUAUGGAAUGUGUGAGGUUAAACCAGAGACCAGACAUUCCAGACUACUGUCCCAUCGGUCUGUCCAGGCUCAUCGGGCUGUGCUGGGCACACAAUCCUGCAAGGAGACCUUCCUUCAAGGACAUUCUGAUCUCCCUGGAAUCCCUGUCGUUCCCUCCGGAAUGGCGGUCCCUCCUCUCUGCUGCUGGCAUCCCCCGCCAAGCAAUGGAAGAUGCCAACUCGGCUCAGCGAAUCAUUCACCUUGUCUCAAACUCGGUGGUUCUCAGCAGGGAGGAUCUUGAGAAAGCUGCUGUGACUGGUGAAGUGCCUAGAAGUGAUGAUCAGGGAUUGGAUACUGCAGCUGCCAAGUUGACCAAUAGCAAUACAGAACAUGAAGAGAGGUUUACCACUGGUGGAAACCCUUGGGCAGGCACGAAAUUAGAUCUAGACUUUGGAAGUUCAAGCGAUGAUGAAGCUGCUUGUCAAGGAAACCAUGUUGACAAACAUGGUGUCAGUGAUACUGCAAUGGCUCAAAGCCUGACCAAGAGAACGUACAAAAUAUUGAGCCCCAGGAGAGAGGAACCGCACAAAGUACGGAAAUCAGUCCACAUACCUAAAAUGUGGAAGGGCACAUGGGUGGACAGUGAAGAUAGGCCGGAAGUUGAAGCCUCAGAUUCAGGAUCAGAGGACUCUUUAGAAGCUAGCAUCCAGUCUGCAAGCAGAGAUUCAGAUCCAAAGAGUGUUAGAGACACAGGGGCCAGAAUGACAGGGAAGAUUGUACCUCCUCCCCCACCCCCACCUCCUGUGGCUGACUAUCAGAAGCACCUGCUGAGGACAUCCUAUGUUCGACCUGAGAACCAACAGCUUAAGAAUAAGGGACAGCAGUCCAAAGAGAACAGUGUCGGUGAUAGCCAAGCAGCAGCAAACAGGCACAAGAGAGGGCCUCCAAAGACAACACAGCCAAUCAUACCUGCGUCCGUUCUGCAGGAGCAGAAGCAGCGGCUGAAGCCAGUAGACCUGACCCGCCCGCAGGAGCUGCCAGACAUCAGCAGGGUGGGGCAGGACAGACUCAGCACCAUCGCUGAGAUCCUCAAAAAGGCUGUUGGUGAGCGCCGUGAGGCCAUGAACAUGGCAGACGACAUCCACAGCAUGGAACAGUCCUACUCCGCUGUCUGGUCUGUGGACAACUGACAACCACCUGUCCUUCAGCUGGCUUCAUUCUGGUCACAUCUACCCUGCUAAGUCUGCUAUUUUGGGAAAGCUUGGAAGAUACAUAGAAUUCAAAAGCACUGUGUAACAUUUUGAAUUGGUUCGAUAUAAAGAUGUCCAAUGUAUAUGAUCACACAUUGAGAUAGGGUUUAAUGUUUGGUAUGGCUCCAUUCCAUGACAAUUUGCACAGAAAUACGUGUACCUACUAGAGAUUUGUCCACAGAGAAAGAAGUGCCUGAUUUAACCGUGAGUGGAUCUAUGGUGAUGGUCUCUCUUGGUUGACUUAAUUGCAAAAGAUGUAUAUUUUAUAGUUGAUGUAUAGAUACUAAUUACCAUUCCACAGUGUGCCAGCAUGUAUUCAUUUGGCAAGUAUUUCUUAGAUGUGGCACUUGUGUGUGUCAUAUUUCUUUGUUUACCUCAAGCCUUCAUGUAAUGCAUAAAACUUGGCAUAUUUGUUGCCUGAGAGGUUAUAAUAUUGAUAUUUGUUCUGUAUUUGCUGUAUAUUUUCGAAGAAUAGGGUUAAUGGUCAGCAAGUUUUUGAGCUGGUAGCAAAUAUUUGUAUAUUAAGUUUUUUGCUUUCACAUAUUGCUGAUACAUGUAUAUCAUUACCAAUGGUUUACUAUUCUCUCACAAAUACAUACAGUGGUUGUUGGACAUGCGACUGAGAAUAUUAUAUGACAAAACAUUCAAUGUUGGCCAAUAGAGCCUAUUCUGUACUGUUGCUCUGGGAAAUACAGAUAUUGUUGGGCUGGACAAUCUUGCUUCAGUUCCAUGGAAGUAGGGCGCAAGUAAGAAAAUUUCUCAUCCAGGGCUGGGAGUGCAGAAAACAAUCAUCAUUAUCCUCAUAAUUAUGGUGCAAAUCAUACAUGUAUAUAUGUGUCCCAUGUACAGUGAAGUACUAUCAAUUCAACAUGUCAUUUGCUGAUUUUAGAUUCAGUCUCAGCAUCUCAAAAGUUGCACUUAAUAAUGGUUGCAUUUUAUAUUCUAUCAUUUGAGUGGAAUGUCUUCAGACUAGCACUGAGACUUGAGCACUUGGUGUCUUGGCAGGAAACUGGGUGUGAACAACUGUAGACAGGAAAAAGAAAUGUAUGAAGAGAAAUUGUUCCUUACGGGUGAACAAUACAAACACGGAAUGUAACAAAAUCUUGGAAUUAAAUAUGCUGUUUGGAGUU